AUGACAAAAUCUUCUCUUCACCAAAAUGUCAACGAUGUAUGUUUCAUCGAGAUAUAAGUCUUCAAUCUUUGUGUUUUAGUUGCAGACGACUAUAUAUAACACCAACUAGCGUAUACAAAUCAUCUUUACCCUAAAAGCAUAUUUAUCACCACAUAAUAAUCUUGAAGCCACAUGGCCGAAGAAUUUCAGGCAGCGUAUACAUACAGUGGAAGCUGGUGGAUGUCACCAAGAACAGCCUGCAACCACUCAUCGUGUUCAUCGGAUAUAGCAAACAUGGAGAAUUUUGGACCCUUUUGGCCAAAGGAUUUGAUGUACAAGAAAUCAAAGUCAAGUGAUGAGUCUUCUGAUGACUCUAUGGUCUUUCAAGAUAUUCAAAAGCCCGGAGACCACACCACCAUCAUGUCUCCGGAUUCCGCUUCCCGGAUGAUGGCUACCGUCUUUUCGGAUUUGGUGGAAACCACAACCACUGAUUCAAACCACAAUUAUUUGUUAUCUAGGGUACAAGAAGAGAUGAACACCUUUUCCACCAGCGGUGAUGACGGUUUAAAGGCCGAGAUAGAGGCUGAUCAUCAAGUAUUCAUCGUGAACCAACAACGAUCUUUAAGUUUCGCCACGGGUUCCAAUGGUUGCAUCUCCUUUCCCAUUAGUUCUACUUCAUAUGGUUACCCUUCAAGUUUGGUACAAUCUUUGCUUAGUAGUAACUCACCACCACAAUCACUUCCCGGGCCGCCGCCACCGCUAUCACCACCAGAACAACCUCUUUAUGAUUUUCAAUCAAAUUCAAACAAUCUCAAUUUCGUUCAAAGCUUGCCAAAAAGACAAGUUCUUGGUGAUUUUCACUUGACCAAUAACACUACUUUCUCUAGUGGUUUAGCAACAACUUUAGACCAUGAUUUUACAAGUUUUUACCCAUCAUCAUACAAUGAGAAAGAGGGUUUCCCCAACCUCACUAUAGAGCAUAAUCAUCAAGAAAUUCUGGAUUUGGGUUCAUCUACAAAGAAUGGCCUUGAUGAACUUCCAUUGAAGCGACCACGGCUCGAAACACCAUCACCGUUACCAACCUUUAAGGUUAGAAAAGAGAAAUUAGGAGAUCGAAUAACUGCGUUACAGCAAUUAGUUUCACCUUUUGGAAAGACUGAUACUGCAUCUGUGCUUCAUGAAGCCAUUGAAUACAUCAAGCUUUUGCAUGAUCAAGUCAACGUGUUAAGUGCAUCUUACAUGAAAGGAGUUACAAAGCCACUUCAACCGAUUCAUGAUAAAAUGAAAGAUGGACACAAACAAGACCUAAGGAGUCUAGGUCUUUGCCUUGUGCCAGUAUCUAGUACGUUUCCAAUUGCAACUGAGAUGGCAACUGGUUUCUGGACACCAAGUUACGAAGGCUCGCUCAAGUAGAGAUGACGAUACGCAAAGAAACUUGUGUCAUCUGUUGAACUUCACAUAAUUACAUAUAAACGUAAAAAUUAAGAGUUGCAUUAUUUAAGCUUUUAAAUAUUUGGAGUUGAUUAAAGUUGGCUAUUCAAAAUAAUAGAAAAGCUUAAAAAGGUGAAAUAGAGGAGCUUAAAAAGAAAAGAAUCGCAUCCUUUGUUACAACACUAGUUUCAUAAUCUAUGAAAAUCUUGUUUUAAAUGCC